AUGCCAGCAUUCACGCGUCGUGAACAGAUGGAUCAGAUCAAUCCAACAGACAACGUCAUAGCAGUCCUGGGCGCAACGGGCGUAGGAAAGAGCACGUUCGUUGGGCUGAUCACUGGUAAUGAUCAAUCGAUGAUUGGCCACAAAUUGCAUUCAUGCACAGAACGCGUCCAGGCCAUACGAUGCUCCCACAAUGGACGAGAUUAUGUGUUCCUCGAUACUCCAGGUUUCGAUGACACGAAGCUUUCAGAUGUGCAGGUGCUGGCGGAAAUUUCCAGCUGGCUCGUCUCGACGUACAAGCAAGGUGUCCAUCUCUCUGGCCUACUCUAUCUUCAACGCAUUACGGACAACCGCUUUACGGCUACAAGCGAGAGGAACACAGACAUGUUCCGGAUGCUGUGCGGACCCGCUGCUCUCAAGAACGUUAUGCUUGUGACCACAAUGUGGGACGAGGUGGACGAAACGACCGGAGCAGAGCGUGAGGAGCAACUGCGGACUCGCUACUGGAAAUCGAUGCUCCAAUCCGGAUCUCGAAUGUCACGGUUCAAGCAUACCUCUGAGUCUGCUUGGGAGAUUGUAGAGCAGCUAAGCGGUCUACAGAGGCGUCCCUUGCGCCUUCAAAUUGAGAUUGGAGACCAAGGAAAGGACUUAUCGCAGACCGCUGCAGGAAAAUCACUAUUCAGCUGGCUUACAAAGAUGAUGGAAGAACUUGCGUCUAUGAUCAAGAGACUCAAGGAACUUCUCGUUUCACGCAAAGGGUCUCCAGGUCGGUGCUCCAGGGAAUGCUCGGGUGGAUGUCCGCACUGCAAGGGUUCCCCACCAGACGACCUGUUAGAUCAACUCUCAGAAAAGGAGGCGAUGUAUCGACAGGCUGAUCAAGAAAGAGAGCGCAUCCGACCACGAAGUCGCUCCUUUGCAGAUGUGGUCCGAGGUAUCAACCCUUCACGGUCCUUGUCGCCCUCGCUCCUCGCAACACCUUCAAAGUCGGUUCCGUCAUUCACGGGUAGCCCACUCACCCGAGUGCGGUCUUUUUCCUCCUCCCUGUACUCCUACGAGAUUCCAUCGCCAGUAUCCUCCUGCGAUGAGGCCUCGAGCUCAGAUGAGUGGUGGGUAGCGUUGCGGACAGGCCUUGGACUCUUUACAGCUGCUUCGGAAAUCCCGCCAGUGCCUUUCCUCAAGGGUGUUGCAGGGCUAUCCUUGAAGGUAGUAGAAAUGGUCGAUGCGACUAAGCAGACCGAUCGAACACUGAUUUCGCUGAAGAACCACGCUCGGGAGUUCUCCAUGAUGCUUGAGACACAUAUGACAACCCCUUACUUGUCGCCGAGUAUCCAAGCAGCUUUGGAGGAUCUCGUACAGGAUCUAUUUGACGUCCAGCAUGUCCUCAAGAAAAUGUCGAAAAACGGCACGGUCCAUAGAUAUGUCCUUCAGCCUCACGAUCAACGUAUUUUGAACGGCUGUGUCUCACGGCUGCAGGAAGCCCAUAUGUCGUUUCUGACGAAAUGUAUCGUAUCAAUCGCUAGUGAGGUUGGGGCUAUCAGGGCUCAUCACGAGGUACCCAAGAGGGACCGAAUUAUGCAUGUCGCAGAUCAAUCGAGCUUCCUCACUGGCAGAAGAAGCCAGCAGACACACAAAGUCAUCGAAAUCACACCACCGCGCUCCAUCCCUCCAAAUCCCAUGCCUAACCGUGGUCUCACUAUGUAA